AUCACCCACGACGGUUAGAGAUUUUAAUUGUGCGCACAGCAAACAAAAGCAGGAAUCUUCCUUCCCCGCCUUGCGGCUUCAGGUCGAUUUUCCAUAUUGGGUCUUGAAGCUGCUCUUUUAAAAAAUACUUUUCACUCUCCUGCCGUUCCUAAUCGCCUUUCCUUCUUGCUCCUCAUUGAAUCCUAGGCCUUCGACGUUAAAGCUGUCUACCCGAGAUAGCCUCCAAUAUGGACUUGGGAAUAGAGUCCCAGGAAACCAAAACCAGCCAUUCAGCAGACCGGCACGAAGGUAGUUUCCCUAACAAUGAUGAUACCAAGGCUCCCCGGAUGGAGGAUGCCCCUUCAACUGCACCCACGGACGCUGGUGAUAAGGGUAAAGGAUUGAAAAACGAAAAGAAGGCUAUUACUAAGUCAAAUAAAAAAGACAAGAAAGUAAAGAAUGGUAAGUCCAAGAAGGGAUCUCCAGUCAGUGAGAGCUCUUCUGGAAGCAGUGAGGACGAAUUUACCAACUCAUCAUCAGAUGAGUCUACAGAGUCGGAAUCCGCAUCCGACGGCGAGGAGCACUCGAAGAAGAAGAAGCGUCAAGACACACGGCGGACCAAGAAACCAUCCAAAUCAUCCAAGGUGGCCACCAAACAAGCAAAGCCGCAAACCAAGACCCCAGAAGGCAAUACGAGUGGUACGGAUGCCGAGACUGAAGACGAUUCUAAUAUCGACGAAAAGGGGGACAUUCGCAAGGUCUCCAUAGAACAAGAGCUUGCCCAGAUGCGAUUGCAGGUCCAACUGCUCCAGCGACAGCUCGCAUCUUUUGGCUUACCCGACGGUGCUCCCGCCACCUCUUUCAACCAGGGCGCUUAUGGAUUAAGUCCUCAGGGGGGGCCCUACUUUGGAGUACUGAAUUCGGCUAAGUACCCACUUUCUGCUGGUGUUCCUACGAUGGCUAUCAAUGAUCAUAUGCGAAGUGAGCAAUUGGAAAGCCUGGCUAAAACUGUGCAAUAUACGAAUAAAGGCGGUGGUAACAACCGACCGGCCACAGGUCAAGGAAAGCGACUUCGCCCCGGAGACUUUUUGUUGGACGAUGGUAGAAGCAGCACCAACAAGGCAUCUAAAUCUAAGAGUGCCCGCGAUGGCAAGCCGGUUGUCCAACGCCUCGAGUUUAAGCGUGUCGAUCAAGUCUGGGACUCGCAGAUCCAUAAUUAUAAGCUCCAGGAUACGGCCGUGGGUGCUAGCAACUCGCAAUAUGACGAAUAUCUCUUUCACGUGAGGAGAACAUUUGAUUGGGAGGGCAAGUAUAAGACAACUAUAGUUGACAUUAAAAGUAAACAAUUACGAGAGGGUCUUCGAGACGUUAUAGGAAAUGUCAAGGGAGUCAGCUUGGUUGAGGAGACUCCCAAACUGGACCCCAAGAUGCUAUUCUUAUAUCUUGAAGAUAUGCGAGAAUAUAUGAAUAGUCUGAAAGAGAUUGAACCAGAAGGGGACUCGCGGAAAGCACGUAGGAAGGCUCAGAAAUGGAUUGAUGAGAAGCGGCGUCACCUCCGAGUCCUGAUCAGGUACCUAGAUGUAGACCAUGCGGAGACUAAAAAGAGUCUUUAUCCUAUGCUAGAGAACGGCCUCAUUACAUUCGAUCUUCUGUGGGCUCUCUGGAAGCCAAACACGCUUGCGUACACCACAACAUAUGGUUCCGUCGACGAGCCCCGCGUCUUCAAAGUUGAAGUUGCGGAAAAACAUUAUAGUAUAAUGAGGGGUGAAUUUUACUACAUAGAGGGCAAGUACUUCGAAUACGACGGUAAGCAAUUCGGAUACGGCAGCAUGGCACAAGAGAUACCAGAGUUUCGCGGUGCGCGUAAGAUCACCAGCUUGGGCUGCUAUCCCCUCAAAUACCACAAGAACGAAGCUCAGUUGCGCAAAGAUCUUAUUGAACGCGGCAAGAAAUUCGUCAAUCUUGCGGGCGUGAACUAUAAGAGCCACCAAGGCAUGGCGUAUCACAAAAAGAAAAAGUCAGUGAUCAAGGUCAAUAUAAAUGGCCGGGUUAUGAUUGAUCCGGCUAUUCAUCGUCGCAUAAACCCCAACUAUCCUGUUUCCCUUGUCCGGCCUAAAGAUCACGACGUUCUUAGUGAUGAUGAGGGUAGCGAUGAUGAGUGUGAGGAUGGCUGCGACUCAGAAGAUGAUAUAGGCGGUACCGGCGAUGCCGACAUUGAAGGUGUUCAAGGAGACAAUGGUGGAAAGGUCAAAUUCGUGACUAAGGUAUAUAAGGACAAUAAGGGGAAUGUGCAGACUGUGCGCGUACCUAAAGACUUCGUUGACACAGACGAACCUAAAGAGAAGCUCGACCGAGUUCCUUCCAAGGAGGGAGCCACAGGUAAUGAAGAAGACAAGUGUGGUAGCUCACCGCCGGUAUUUACUGAUGAGGAAUACCUAAUUGCUUCACCCGUCGUCUUAGGGUUUGCCUUCGCUGAGAAGCUUUGGCUAGAAUUUACAGUAUCUGGCAUCAAGGAGAUUUCAUGGAACGAACACGCUUACGACUCAUUGGUGCUACAAUCAAAUAGCAAGGAGAUUGUCAGAGCUCUCGUGGAGUCUCAUAAAUACCACCCGGCCGCUAGCAUUGACGAUGUUAUCCAGGGUAAAGGAAAGGGGCUGGUAGCUGUCCUACAUGGACCCCCUGGCACGGGCAAGACAUUAACAGCGGAGGGCAUAAGCGAGCUCCUCAAAUGCCCCCUGUAUAUGGUGUCAGCCGGUGACCUCGGAACCGACUCGCGUUGUCUCGAGGCGGAACUACAGAAGAUCCUUGACAUCUGUCACGCCUGGGGUGCCAUUCUCCUCCUCGAUGAGGCUGAUGUAUUCCUGGAGAAACGUAAUAUGCACGAUAUACAUCGGAACGCUCUAGUUAGCAUUUUCCUGAGGCAAUUAGAAUACUUCCAGGGGAUAUUGUUUCUCACGACAAAUCGCGUUCAGACUUUUGAUGAUGCCUUCCAGUCCCGAAUCCACAUUGCGCUGCGAUAUGACGAUUUGGACACGAAAGCAAAGAAGGCUAUAUUCAAAAUUUUCAUUGAACGCGCUCGAGUUGUCGCAGGCAUCGACCUGAUGCCGUUCGAUGAAGAUGAUUACGCAAGUUUGGCACGGCAUAACCUGAACGGUCGGCAGAUCAAAAACACGAUCGGCACCGCCCAAGCCCUUGCUGUCAAUAAGGGAGAGCCGCUUAGUAUGCGCCAUAUUCGCGAGGUCCUCAAUGUCCAGCAAAACUUCGAGCAAGACCUGAAAGGUGGCACCGGAUAUCAAGAUGCCAUGCGUAGCUAUUUUUAAAGGGCAACCAACGUAUCAGGUAGCGAAGAUCACAUCUGUUUCCGAUUGAGGGGUGACCAAGGGCGACAGAGGGGUCAGCCCGGAGAGGGCACCGUCAAUCAAGAAACUCAAGCGAAGAGAGAAAGGAUGCGGCGCGGCUUUGGGACAGUUUCUCUCCUCAAGUCCAUUUGGUCUGCA